AUUAAACCAAUUUAUUAGUUAGUCAUAAUAAAACAGAUGAAUGUUGUUCACAAGUUUUCUAAUAUUUGACUUUAAUAUUUCAAAAUUAAUAUGACUCAUCGUCGUUUAUGGUUUACAUACCUUAUCAUAGACGUUUUUCCCGUCGAAUACUGUCCAACAAACAAUACCAUCGGUCGAGCAUCAAAAUCCUGAUCAGAUAAGUUAAAGGAUAAAAAAGAGCUGAUUCAGUCAAUUGAAAAUAACUCAGAUAAACUAGAUGAGUAUCUUCAAGCAAAUAAAGACUUAGAGAUUCAAAAGUCCAUAGUUAAAGAGUUGUAUAAAGAAGAAGUUAUUACAAACGAAAAAAUUAACAAGUUGGAAUCCAAGAACUUAUUUUUGGAAAAUGAAUUAAAUUCUAUAAAUUUGAAGAUUCCACGUACAUGCCGUCUUGUGUAUGAUUACAUCGAAAAUAUAAAAAAUGUUUUAAAUCUUUCAAAGGAGCAAAAAAGACAAGCUCUUUCAAUUCAGACCACUUUAAAUGAUAUUUUGUAUUCACAAAAUAGUACAGGUACAAUCAUUAUGCAAUUUUUCGCCUUGAUAAAUGAUUGUAUUGCAUUAUCCUCAAAUACAGUUGACUACUAUAUAAAUUUACAACAAGAGUUAGAAACAGUAAAAAAAAAUACAAUAUUUAAACAUAAUAAUACCCGGGAAAUAAUUGAUUGUAAAUAUAAAGAAAUAGAAUUUUACGAAAAAAUCAAAGAUCCACAAAAUUUAUUUCGAACCGAAAAUCUCUUGCAUUUACAACAAAUAUUAUCAUCUUAUCAAAUUCAUACACAACAAAAACUUUUAAAAGAAAUAAAUUGGUUUAGAACUUGCUGUUUUUCUAGAAGUUUUUUCUGUGAUAAACACUUAUCAUAUUUUAAACAAAACAAAUUCCAAAAAGACAUUUGCAAAAAUGUAAAAUUAUUAAAGUAUAAAAACGUAUGCAAAAAAUUAUUAAAAAAAUUAAAAAACAAAAAGAAAUUGAAAAAAAAGGCACUAGCGAAAAGAUAUUCUCGCUCUAUCCAAGUCAAUUUUAUGGACUUCAGUGAGAAGAUAUCAAUUCUAUCACUACAUGAACAAUCGAAGUUAAAUCCGUAUAGAUUCAGUAACGACUGGUUAAGACUUGGUAUGUGUGGAACACCUGGAACUAAUGACUUGAAAAAUGCUAUCGAAAGGUUCUGGGAAAACAUUAAAUAGAUAUCUCUACAACUUUCGUUGGAAAUUGAAAUAAUUAGAAUUUAAAGGAUCAUAAUAAAUUCAAUAUACAUUAUGGUGAUAUAUAAGUUGAAAAAGUUGACAACUGAAAUAUAAUUGA